CCGGAUAUCCGAAAAUCUUGUUUAUCAUGUGAUAAAUUAUAUUUUAGAAAAAUGGCAUCAACUCUUCCGAUCAUCGUUUUAUUUGUUUUAAAUGUACUAGUAGUUCAUACAGAUGGUCAGCAGUUUCAUGUGAAGCAUGCUCCACCAUAUGUUGUUUUCCAGCAGCAGUCACCAGACUCUCCUGUCAGUUCAAGCAAUCUUCACAAUGUUUUGUCAGGACCCCUAGGCUUAAGCAGAAAUGGCGCACUUCUACAUUCCAAAUCAGUUUUGAAAAGACCUAAGGCCAAUGUUCUAAUCACCAUUGUCACUCACGACAAUCAGAACCUACCAGUAGACAGCCUAGCAAGUUAUAAAUUAGACUGGGAUGUUCCAUUUGUUGAUGUGGAGUAUAUGAUGAACAACCUGCAGAGCAAAUUUAUUGACAAAGAUCCACUUAUGUUGGAUAUAGUAUCUGCUAACAAGUUCUUUGAUGUGAAGACUAGCUCCUCCCUGUUUGAAAGCCUCCCUACCACUCUGGAUUCUGCACGAGAAAGAUUGCUUGACACCGACUCCAUCCUAAAGAACCAACUGGGGUCUUUGAACUACACCCUAAACUCAGAUGGGAAAUUAUUGGGAGAAAUUCAAGUUCUCUAUGAUGCUGUUAAAAUUCUAAAGGGAAGUGCAGAUAACCUGAAAUCAAAAACCCCAGAUCUGCUGUCCUUCACCUUUACAGGUUUGAAAGACAUUGGGGAGGAGUAUGGUGUAAAUUCAGAUCAAGUUAAGGAUGCAACAAAAUUCCUUACAAAACACUUGGAUGCAGUGACAGAUGAUCUGAAGUCAUAUUAUAAGGGGAAUGUGAUGAUUGAGUUUAUUGUAGUCCCAACAGUGGAGAAACCUUUUGUCCGCAAGACAAGAAGUCUCAUGGCAGAUGUACCAAAGGAUGGGGGCAACCCACUAAAUCUGGAGAUAGACUGGGAUCAAGAUUUCCCAGCCAGCUUCAACAUAGUUCUCUGGCUCAUGAUCGUGUUGUCUAUCACAGUUUUCUUUGUUGCUUAUGGUAUCUGGAACAUGAAUCCCAACCUCGAGUCCAUCCUCUACAGAGUUCCACAGGAUGAGCUAGCAAAGAAGAUCAAUUAAUUUCUUGAAGUAGACUAGCAGUUUCAUUUUAGGCUUUAAAACAUGGACCGUUUCUUUUUGUAGAACCUAAUAUCCUUUUAUUUUUAUGUUAAAAAAUUGGGUUGCAUGUUGAUCAGUUCUCAAACUUAUUCUUGAGUCAAAUUGUUUAAAAUUGCAGAAAUUAAUAUUUUAGACUGCUAAUGCUGCAAUCUCAUUUUUUAAAACUGUCUUUGUGAAAUCUGGAGUGUUAUGUAUCAAGUAAAGGGUAUGUAAAUUAAUGUUAUAAAUAGUCAAGUCCUUCCUAAAUCUUUUCAUUCAGCAAACACUGUAGAUGAAUUUUGUGAAUAGAGCACAAUUUUUUUUUUUAAACGGGGUAACUGUCAAGUAAGGUUCCAAAGUUAUUUUUAAAAAAAAGGUCUGUGAUUGCGGUUGAAAAUAUUUUGAGUUAAAAAUGUGUGUGUAUAGAAAUUACACCAGCUGUAUAUUAAAUAUGUAAUUUAAAACAUUAUUUCCCGUUCAUUAAAUUUUUUCUUUUGUCAUUGUUUAAUUGAAGCGUUUAAAAUGUGUGGUAAGAAUACAGAUGUAGUAUAUCAUCACCUUUUUUUUUGUUUGGAGUAUGCAUGAAUGACUGACAAGAAUUGGUUGUAAAUCACCCAUUCAAGGAACUUUUUUUUUUUACAUUCCAGUGACAACUGUAAUAUUUUGUUCAUGGUUGCAAUUCUUGUAAGGUUGACAGAAUGUGUGUUAAUGUAUACAUUAAAUGUAGAAAUAUUAACCAAGGUAUUUAGCAAUUUUUUUUUAUUUGUUUGAUUAGCCACAUCUAUGUAAACUGUGAUUUUUUUUUUAUAUUUUAAAUGUUAAAUUGGCUAAAGUGUAGAGUUCCAGUGGUGUUUAAGAGAAUGAUUACUGAAUCUAUAAAAUGGAAUUUUUGUAGAUUGUCCAUGACUUUCAUGCUCCAUUAGUAAAGGAUAAGAUUUAUUUAUAUUGAUGUUUUGUAUAUUAGUCGGAUAUUUAUUUGUACAUGUAUCAAAAAAGCUAAUAAAUUUUCAUUGAUUUAUUGAUAA